AUGACUAUUAUUUAUAGUUUUUGUUUUGUUUUCGUUGCCUGUUCAUAAAAUGCUACCGAAAAAAAAUAAGUAAAAUGUUCUUCAAUCUUGCAGAUACCCUCACACACAGUUCUUUUGAAUUGCUAGCACCCAGACCAAUGAAGAAGCUGACAUUUCCUUUGUUCGAUUCGGAAACGGUCAUCAAUUUGGAGCAUUGCGUACGCAAUGAUAGCAAAAUGAAACAGAAAUACAUCAAAUACCUCCGUCGCAUUAAAUCACCCAGUGAACCGAUCGAGCAUGUGUUCGAUAAGAUCUGCACCGAUGAAGCCAUUUUCAGACGUUUCAGUUGGUCGGCUGGGAAAUCCGCUUACCCAAUGCAGCAACGGGAAUCGGUUAAAAACUAUACGAUUUUCAACGAAUGCAUGCUUGAGGCCUGGGAAGAUCACGGUUUCACCCAGGACGAUAUAUCAGAAAGCAUCAGAAACGUCUUAAAGCGCAUUCACAUCAGAAACAACGUUCGACGUUUCAGGGCCCAAAACUACAAACGUGAACUGAAGAAAUCGGUUCGAAAGUAGAUCAAAAUCUUCAUGAAAAGAUGAUGUAGAUAUAGAUUAGAUACUGAUGGAAUUUUCAUCGAUAGUCUGCUGAGUAGAUAUGCCAAAGAUCGAAUGAAUUCCUUGUAAAAAGUUUUUUUUUUUAUUUUGGCAGUAACUAUUAGAAGAGUAACGAAAUCUUCCUGUGAAUUUGAGAAAAAGAUAAAAUACAUGCAGUAUAAAAAAAGCAAAAAAUCUCAAAACGAAAGCUGAAAUUACACAAUAACUGAAAGAUCAUAUGCAUGAAUUUCUUUUUGACUAACACAGUCUUUUCAAAUCUAUUCUAGCCAAACGGAUUGCAAAAAUGCGAAACCGCUUGCAAUACUUGAUCAAGAAGCGCAACAGCGCUAGUGCUACUGAUCCCGAUAGCGAGGUCUACAACCAGCUGGAACGACAAAUUACCGAGCUGUCCGAACAGUUGGAUGCCGUAGCCGGUGUAGAAACGAAGGCUGACCGGAAAUCCGGAAGCAGUAAAGUGGAUGGCUUCUGCUUUCCCCUCCGGACGAUGUACGAGAUCGAACAGUUGGAAGAGGCGGUGCGCAGUGAUAUUGCCAUUCGGGAGCAAUACGUUGAUUAUAUGACCAACAGAAAACCCGCUACGAUGGAUGUAUCCAAUUUCUUUUCCUAUUUGUUUACCGACGAAGCCCUCAUAAGCUACAACUACUCCGGAGUGAACAACAUCGGCGAACAGAAAAUGCCGAUGAGGAAUUAUAGCAUUUUCACCGAUUGUAUGGUCGAGGCUUGGAGCAACCAAGGAAUGACACACUAUCUACUGGAGGAGAAAAUCAAGUUCGUAGUCAAAAAGCUCACUGCUAGACGUCGUAUGAAAAUGUUCCGAAUGCGGAAGGCUUUGAAAUAAUAUCUCUUACUUCGGCUUGUAAAUAAACUGUUGAAACAAAAACAAAAAAAAACAUCAAAACUUUUCUUCCUUUUUAAAUGGUGAUGAAAACAAACUGGUCUAAUCUUUGUUUUUUGCAUGAUUUUGUUUUUUCUUUCUUAGAUCCUCUUCAGAAUCUCGUAAAUAAACAUGGUGCGGUUCGAUCCAUGGAUAUAGAAUGUGCCGCCAUCGACGAUGAUCGUAAAUACAUGUUCAUCGUCAGUCGUAAGGGAGGAAUUUUGCUGGUGCACGAUAAUUUCAUUUAUCGGUCGAAUCUACGCCGCCAGGGUCGCAACAAGGAUAUUUUGUACUGGGAGUGU